GAAUGGAGGGGCAGAGGGGUGGGGGUGAGGCGCUCGCGCGGCCGCCGCUCCGCCACUUUCGGCUUAGGAGCCGCGCAGGACGCAGAGGAGAGCCGCUCCCCGCGGAGGAGGGAGCCGCGUUCACCGCCUCAGGACUCUGGAACCCCGGAAACUUCCGCAGAAGAGGAGCAAAGAGCCGGGAAAGAGCGGACAGCCCGCGCGCUCCUGCCCGCACACCGCUGCCCGCGCGCCGCAGACACCGGACCAGGCUGGACUUAAACGGACCGUCUGCGCUCUCAUUGAAGACAUUUUUGCAGCAGAAAACUUUUCCUGUGGGUUUCAUCUGCGCUGACAACUUCCCAUAAGAGCACACUGACAGGCCGCCAUGCUGAAGCCGGGUGACCCGAGCGGCUCGGCCUUCCUGAAGGUGGACCCGUCCUACCUGCAGCACUGGCAGCAGCUCUUCCCUCAGGCUCAGCUGAAGGCGCCCCUGGCCUCGCAGCUGCCCCCACCCGACCGCCUCUCCAUCCCCGUGGACGCCCUGCGCCAGUCCCGCCUGCACAGCCACCUCUUGGCCCCCCCUCACUGCACGUCCAGCUCUUCCUCCUCCACGUCCUCCUCCUCCUCCUCAGCUUCCUCUUCGUCCUCCUCCGUCUCCAUCUGCACCUCCUCCGGCCUCCCCCAGCUCCCCGUCCCGCAGCAGAUCGCGCUCUUUGGGCAGGCGUUGGCGCCCGUGUGCACCGGGCCCGUGGCACCCCCACCAGGGGCGGGAGACCUGGUGGUGGUGCCCCCAGAGAGCCAGCAGGGGCCAGGCCCGGCAGCGGGGCUCGUCCAUCAGGCCAAAGAGCCGAGCUGCGGGGGGGUGGGGGUGGUGUCGUCCAGCGUGAAGGGAGGGGGCAGCGAGGAGGGGGCCAAAGGCGCGGCGGCCGGCUUGAAGCUGACGUCCGAGGAGCUGGACUUCUACCUCUACGGCCAGCAGAGGAUGGAGAUCAUCCCGCUGAGCAGCCAGGCGGGGGAGCUCAGCAGCCGCUGUGACAUGUGUGCCGACAACAGGAACGGAGAGUGUCCGAUGCACGGCCCGCUCCACUCCCUGCGCCGCCUCGUCGGCACCAGCAGCACGGCGGCGCCCGUCACUCUGCCGGACGUUCCUGAUUGGCUGAGAGACCUUCCCAGAGAGGUGUGUCUGUGCACCAGCACCGUCCCUGGUCUGGGUUACGGCAUCUGCGCCUCCCAGAGGAUCCCUCAGGGAACCUGGAUCGGCCCGUUUCAGGGCGUGCCGCUGACUCUGGACAAGCUGCAGUCUGGAGCUGCCAGGAACACCCGGCACCUGUGGGAGGUGAGGAGGGGGGGAGGGGGAACCUUGAUGCAGGGUAUGGUCAGUAGGCUGGUUUUGUGCACGUGUGGGCGUGCACAGAACCUGAACAUCCCAGUCAUCUUCUGAACAAUGUUCAUGGUUUUGUUGUUUCUGCUAAA